AUAAAAUCCAUUCGUAAGGACAAAAUUAAGGAUGAACAAGAUAUGGUUCACAUCAGACGGGAGAUUGAGAUCAUGUCAUCCCUCAGCCACCCUCAUAUCAUCACCAUAUAUGAAGUGUUUGAAAAUAAAGAUAAGAUUGUGAUCAUCAUGGAGUAUGCGAGUAAAGGAGAGCUGUAUGAUUACAUCAGUGAGAGGCGGCGACUGAGCGAAAGGGAGACCAGACACUUCUUUCGGCAAAUAGUCUCUGCCGUGCAUUACUGCCACAAGAAUGGUGUUGUCCACAGGGACCUAAAAUUGGAAAACAUCCUUCUUGAUGACAAUUUUAAUAUUAAGAUUGCUGAUUUUGGACUCUCCAACCUUUAUCACAAGGACAAGUUUCUGCAGACCUUUUGUGGAAGCCCACUGUAUGCUUCCCCUGAAAUAGUUAAUGGACGACCUUACAGAGGCCCAGAGGUUGACAGCUGGGCACUUGGUGUAUUGCUUUACACUCUGGUUUAUGGAACAAUGCCCUUUGAUGGCUUUGAUCACAAAAAUCUCAUCAGGCAGAUCAGCAGUGGAGAAUAUCGGGAGCCAACACAGACCUCAGAUGCUCGUGGACUUAUCAGAUGGAUGCUGAUGGUGAACCCUGAACGCCGAGCAACCAUUGAAGACAUUGCCAACCACUGGUGGGUUAAUUGGGGCUACAAGAGUAGUGUUUGUGACUGUGAUGCCAUGAGGGACUCCGAGUCCCCAUUGCUGGCAAGGUUUAUUGAUUGGCAUCACCGAUCUACUGGCCUCCAACCAGAGACCGAUACCAAAGUGAAGUGCCUUUCUAAGCCCAAAGGUCCUGAAGUUACACUAGAGAGACAAAGAUCUCUGAAAAAGUCUAAAAAGGAAAAUGAUAUUGCACAGUCCAUCCAGGAGGGAGGAGCUGAAAAUGCGUCCAAACCCACCUCCAAGAGACCCAAAGGCAUCCUAAAGAAAAGGAGCAACAGUGAACAUCGAUCUCACAGUGCAGGUUUUAUUGAAGGAGUGGUCAGCCCAGUGUUACCUUCUGCAUUUAAGCUGGAGCAAGAGUUGUGUAGGACUGGAGUAGCCAUCAAAAGUGUUGUGGAGGCAGAGGUAGUGGGCAAAUAUGGCACUAAGCAGUCUUCACUAAUGCCAAAAAAAGGAAUCUUGAAGAAGACUCAGCAAAGGGAAUCCGGCUAUUACUCCUCUCCAGAACGAAGCGAAUCUUCUGAACUCUUGGACAAUAACGAUGAGACUGUAAACAGUGACGUUUCUCUGGGGGUCACAGAGCCAUCCAGAAAUGGGUCUUACACCCAUUCCUGCAGGCGUAAGGGCAUCUUGAAGCAUAACAGCAAAUAUUCUACCAGCAGCACUGAAUCCACUUUGAUUAGCCCCGACACACCAACGCUGGAGGCCAUGGAAGAAGUGGUCCUGCCUGGAGAUGCAUUACCUCGAAGUUACAGUCGCCCUUCCAGCGUCAUUAGUGAUGACAGUAUUUUGUCCAGUGACUCCUUUGAUUUACUGGAUUUGCAAGAGAACAGGCCAAACAGACAGAGGAUACGGAGCUGUGUCUCUGCUGAAAACUUCCUCCAGAUCCAAGACUUUGAAGGACUUCAGAACCGCUCACGGCCACAGUAUCUAAAGCGUUAUCGCAACCGCCUAGGGGACAGCAGUUUUUCCCUACUUACAGACAUGGAUGAUGUGACUCAGGUCUACAAGAAAGCCCUAGAGAUCUGCAACAAGCUCAACUAG